UCUCUUCCCUCUAACUCGCAGUUUCUCUCUCUAAAAGCACGAUUAGACCUACUCUCACACUAAAAUUUCAACAUUUAUGAAAUUUCGCUCUCAAAAUUUUUUUUGUUCCUAUUUUUUCACACGGAAAUAUCUGCUAAUUUAAGAUCGUGGAGAUCAAUUGAGCACGAUUUGGAAAUAAUCAUUUUUGGAAUUUGCAUCGGUGAUCAGUCGAGGACGAUUUCAACAUAAUCAUGUUUUAGAAUCUCAAUUCAUGGCACUCCGUUACAAGGUGUGAUUACUCAAACACUAGGCUUACAUCAGUGGGAAAAAAAUAGUAUAUAGUUGAGGGAUAGCUUAGAAUACAAGGAAAAGAAUAAGAGUGAAAAAGAAAGUAUGGGAAAAGAGUCUCCGAUCGAUAGGGAAUCGAAAACAGCAAGAAAGAACAAGCGAUUAAGGAGCUCGAGCAGUAAGUAUCUGAAACCAGGUACUCUUGCUCAUCUUCGAUACAAUAAAGCUUCGGCCUCCAAGUUUUGUACCGAUCUUGGGAAGAAAAGGGUUGCAGUGGAUACCAAGAAAGCAGAGGAUGAUAAUGUUUUGAUGGAAAAUAAGGUUAUUGAGGAAAGCACUUUGAUGUUAUCGCCAGUGAAUUUUCAUAAGCAGAAUGGUUUGGUGCGGACUCCGAAGACGCCUCGGCCUGAAAACUUUGAAUCAGAGUCGAGGCUCGAGUCUCUUCCUAUGGAUUUACUGGUUAAAAUACUUUGUCACUUGCACCAUGACCAGCUGAGGGCUGUUUUUCAUGUUUCUCAAAGGAUAAGAAAAGCUGUUUCCCAGGCAAGACAAUUUCACUUUAAUUACACAACACCUGAUCGUUCAAGGCAAGAGGUGCUUAGCACAAUGACACCAAGGCCUACCGAUCACUGGCCCUUUAUGAGCAAGGGAGAAGGCAAAGGUAUUAUGUUAAAAAGCCCACACACUCCAAAAGCUCCACGACAGGGUCCGCGGCCACCUUCUCGUGUUAAAGUCACCGAGUUGAGGCAAAUCGCUGCAGUGCUCUUUCAAGAUUCUGCAUUCCCUUCGAGAUGCAUGGUACCCUCUACUCUCCCUAAACCAUUAUGCAAAUCUUUGGCUUCGAAUCGAGUUUUAUUUUACGAAGAUGAGUUAUGCCAAGCUGUUGCUCAAAAUAAGCUUCGUUGAUAUAUUCCCCAGUGUUAGAGAAUAUCAUAAAGCUGGAUUCCACUUGUAUAUAGCUAUAUUUUUUUGCCCAUUUCUAUAUAGGAGAUUAUAGUUAAUAGAGUCAGAAGUAUCAGAUAUGAGGUUUUGUAGGCUUUGCUUGGGGAGUAUUAGGUUAUAUAUAUGAAUCUUAUAUGCAUUAAGGGUUUGAAGAUUUUAGAGGAUAAAUGUGGUUUUCUUUCAUAAUAAUAGGCCAUGUACUGAUUGCUUGUAUAUCUUAUAUAUAUAUGCUUUGAAAGUUGAAAGUAUUAUUGGUUGCCA